UCUUGGGUGGUGGGCUCAAACCCAGGCAGCCCUUUCAUUCUAACUUUGCAAAGAGGGGGUGGGUGGGCUUACGAUUUGGAAGGGAGGCAUCCUGGAGGAGGUAGAAUUCAGGCAUCCUUUCCAAAGAUGCUCCUUAAGCACUGGGAGUUUCUGCGUUCACACAUAUCUGGACUGGAUUAGGGGGAUUGGGACGAGGGAGAGUUCUGGCAGUCCCUGUAACAGGUAGUCCUCGACUUAUAACGGCGACUGACGGUACGGCAAGCACUAUUUUCCAAAAGUACCUUUGAAGGCCGGACAAGGGAUGGAAACCGAUCCAGGAGAGAUCAGUUUGUUGAUGUUGUGUUUGUGUGUCUAUAUUUUUCUCGGCUGUACACCGCCUUGAGUCCUACGGGAGAAAGGCGGUAUGGAAAUAUAAUAAAUAAAUAAAUAAAUAAAUAAAUAAAUAAAUAAAUAAAUAAAUAAAUAAAUAAAUAAAUAAAUAAACCUGGAAAUAAGGAGAAAUUUUCUGGCACAGUGAGAAUAACCCAACCAUGGAACCAGAAAUUGCCUUCAUCCCUGGAAGCUUUUCAAGAAGAGAUUGGACUGGCAUCGGUCAGAAAUGGGGUGGGGUCUCCUUGCUCGGGCGAGGGGUUGGACUAGAUGACCUCCAAGGUCCCUUCCGUGAUUCUUAUAUUCAAUGGGACAGAAGUUGCCUUCGGAAGUUGUGGGAGCUUCAUCCCUGGAGGCUUUUCAAGAAGAGACUGGGCUGCCAUCGGUCAGAAAUGGGGUAGGGUCUCCUUGCUCAGGUGGGGGAGGGGUUAUUUAUUUAUUUAUUUAUUUAUUAGUCAUAUUUCUAUGCCGCCCGCUCUCGGGUGAAGGGUUGGACUAGAUGACCUCCAAGGUCCCUUCCACUAUUCUGUUAUUCUAUGGCUCUUAACUUGCAAAGAGGGGGUGGGGGGGUGGUCUUAAGAUUUAGAGGGGAGGUAUCCUGGAGCUGGAUGUUUCUGCAUUCACACACAUAUCUGGGCUGGAUAGAGGAUGCAUUGGGGUCGUGUUUUCACCAGGUUGUGAGAAGGGGGGGGGGCGCUGUUGUUCGGGUUAGCUCCGGGAUUCGGGGGGUGCUCAUUUUAGCAAGUGUGAGGGUCUCUCUUUGGGGAGGGGGUGUGUGACAGCCUCCACUUUUUUUCUUUUUUUAAAAAUUUGAUUUAUAUGCCGCCCUUCUCCGGAGACUCAGGGCGACUUACAAUGCGCUAAGCAAUAGCCUUCAUCCUUUUGUAUAUUUAUACAAAGUCAGCUUAUUGCCCCCACAAUCCGGGUCCUCAUUUUACCCACCUCAGAAAGGAUGGAAGGCUGAGUCAACCUUGAGCCUGGCGAGAUUCGAACUCGCAGUAAUUGCGGGCAGCUGGUCUUAAUAACAGGGUGCUUUAGACCACUGUACUACCAAGGCUCUUUUCACUCUUUUGCACGGAUUUGUGGCAAAGGGAGCCGAGUCCCAUCCUAAGAGAAUAAUAAUAAUAAUAAUAAUAAUAAUAAUAAUAAUAAUAAUAAUUAAUAAUAAUUUUAUUUCUAUACCGCCCUUCUCCCGAAGGACUCAGGGCGGUGUACAGCCAAUUUAAAAACACAAGACGCAACAAUGAUUAAAAAUUAAAAUCAUUAAAUAGAUUUAGAGAAGGAGUUUAACAGCGUGACUCCUGUGAAGUCCCACAAUUGCGUUUUAUUUUUGGCAUUAUUUAUAUUUUGCCUUCCCUUCCUGGAACAAAAGGAUGGAGGCUUAACGUUUCCUCCUCUGUUUUUUUCCCCCACAUCACUACUUGUAACAACAACAACAACAACCCUGUGAGUUAGGCCGGGCAGAGAAAGGGGGGAGGAACUUAAGAGGACAUUUAGACCAGCCCUGUUAUUCUAUAUUCCCAUGGAGCAGAAGUUGCCUUCAGAAGUUGCGGGGAGCUUCAUCCCUGGAAGCUUUCAAAGAAGAGACCGGACCGCCAUCGGUCAACAAUGGUGUCGUGUCUCACUGCUUGGGCAGUGGUGGGGUCAGGCUAAAUGACCUCCAAGGUGCCUUCCCGACUCUUGUUAACCUGUUUUAUGUUCUCUCCUCUUCCCCUUCCACUUGAGCCUCAUGUUCCGGUCUCGGAGAGCCAGCUUGGUGCAACGGCUUUGGAGAUUGCGCUGCCUGACACCCGGCCUGGAGGACAACCACGGGGUUCUGAAACCCUUGGCCCACGCGCUCUUCAAGAAGCUGAAGGACAAGGAACUGGAGCUCUUGCUGCAGGCGGUGGAGAGCCAGGGGGCCGGAGAAUCGGGCUGCGUUUGGGUCGAACCCCGCGGGGUCAAACCAGGCCCGUCGGCUUCGCUCCUGCUUUGCCGUCUCUACCGGUGGCCGGACCUCCGCCAGCCCCACGAGCUGAAGCGCUUGUGCUUCUGCAAGAACGCAGGAGGCGAGGGGGCUGCUGUCCAUUGCUGCAACCCGCAUCACCUUAGCCGUCUCGCUCUCCCCGACACCCCACCACCGCCGUAUUGCAAACUCUCGCCUUUUUCUGCACCUCUGAAGGGCACCAACGUUUUAGAAAACUACCGCAAAGGAUGGCAAGAUACCACCCUCUCCCGCUGUUCCCUGAGAGACGGCUACUGGUGCAAACUGGCUUACUGGGAGUAUCGCCUCCGGGUGGGGAGGCUCUACCCGGUCCACGAAGAUUACGUCUGCGUUUUCUCCAACCUCCCCAACGGCAACGGGCUCUGCCUGGGCCAGCUGGCAUCCCGAAACCGCAGCCAAGCCGUCCGGCGAACCCAGGCUAAAAUCGGACGCGGUUUGCUGCUCAGCCAAGAAGCUAACGGGGUUUGGGCGUACAACCGAAGCGAGCACCCCCUCUUCGUCUGUUCCCCUACUCUGGGGCCCGUGGGGAGCUCCGCCCCUCCGGUUCACAAAAUCCAACCCGGUUACUCCAUCAAGGUCUUCGAUUACGAGCGGGCCAUGUACCUAACGAGCAGGCGUCCGGGUGCUGGCGAAGGGCCCCACGAUGGGCACACAAUCCGCAUCAGUUUCGGGAAAGGUUGGGGUGCUUCGUACACUCGACGGUUCAUUACCGCUUGCCCGUGUUGGCUGGAAGUGCUGUUGAACGCCCCGAGAUGAAGCCAUUUUUUUGGGGUGGGGGGACACAACAACCCAACGCAGGGGGUUGUGGGAACACACCGCGCCCCCUCAACGUAGAUUAUUCGGAGAGUCAAGAAACUCAACUUCCUUUGCCGGAGAGGUCUUAAAGCUUUGAGGAGCUCCUCGCUCGCCCUCCGCUUUCUUCCCUAGUAUCUAUUGCUUUUGUGACCUAAAUGCAGAUAGUCCUCGAUUUACGACCAGAAGGUCCGCCGGCUAAGCAAGGCGGUUGCUCUGUGAGAUGCACCCAAUUUUUUUUAAAAAAAAAAUCGUUAGCCAAAUCAUUAAUUGCCAUCGUUUAGGGAGUCCCGCAAUUGUUAAAGCGAAUCUGGCUUCCUCCCGUUUUUUUCUUCGUUUGGCGGGAAACAGCGGGGGACGGUGGUUAAAGAAAUCACCGCCGUUGUUAAGUGGGUCACAGGGUCGUUAUGCAAAUCCGGCUUUCCCCCCUUCCCUCCCUCCUUGGCUUUGCUUGUUGGAAGCCAGCUGAGAAAGUCGCAAGUGCUGAUCAUUGGCCUCUGAGAUGCUACGACCGUCGUAAAUACAACCCGGUUGUCAAGCACCUCAAUUUUGACCCUGGGGGGGGCAAUACUGGGUUGGUCAUAAGUGCAAGGACAUUAAGUGCCUUUUUAAAGGGCCGUUGUAACUUCGAACGGUCGCUAAAUGAAGCAUCGUAAGUCGAGGACUGCCUGUACCCUCGGGAAAACAGCCUCAAGCAGGCAAAACACUUACAAAGCAGGGGAACCCCCACAUUUUAUAUAUUUUUUAUGGGGUAGCGAGAAUUCUCUGCAAAAUUGUAACGCGAGGACGAAGCAGAGCACACGAAUCUCUCCGAUAACAAUUUUGCAAAUUUUUCCACCCCUUUCCUCCGAAAAACAGUGAGUCCUCACCUUACGAUCCCCAACGGAGCCCAUGUUGUUAAGCGUGACAUCUGCUAAGCGAGCUUUAGCCCCCUCCUUCCUUGCCGCACUUUUGUUCCAGUGAAUCCCGGCGGUUGUUAAAAGUUAGCUGCACGUCGUUAAGCAAAUCCGUCUUCCCCUUUGACCUGGCUCGUCGGCAGGUCGCAAAAGGGGAUUGCGUGACCUCUGGGACGCUGUGGCCAUCGUAAAUAUGAGCCAGUGGCCAAGUCAGUCUGAAUUGUGAUCACGUGGGAUCCAGUGUGAAAAAGCUAAAUCCCCCCUUUUUUUUCAGCGCCGUCGUAACUUUGAACGGUCACUCUAAAUGAACGGUCGCAAGUUCAAGGACUGCCUGUAUGCGGUCCUAGCACAGUAGCUGACUUGAUAUAGAAUCGCCCCAUCUUCUUCCUUCUGGAGCCGAACGUUGGAAAACGAGAAGAAAAAGUCAAGUUUUUUGGGGUGGGGGGAUGACGAAAGAGGAGAACGAUUGGAAAGACGGCGGGAAAUCGAUUCGUUACCAGGUGGUUGAAACAUUAAAAUGUUCAGUUUUGUGGCUGAAGAAAUCGUAAGUUGCUUUGUGGUUUGAGAAGUUUCGGAAUUUGU